CAGCUAGCCUUCUUGCUGCUAGCGGUGUAGAGGGGCCAGAUAAUCAAUGGUCCUAUUUCGGUAUUUACUUUAUUUAUUCUCGCGUCGUAACCCCGAAUAACGUAAGCGAGCCUCGAAAGGUCCAGGGAACGGCGCGGAAUCACGACGGGCUCGCUAAAGAUAAAGGUAAUUGUUGGGGGGGGAGGGGGGUUACCAGAGAGAGAAGUUGAAUGGAUCCGAGGGUAGCCUGGAUUCAGCCCGAACAGAAAGGACCUGCGAACGCCUUAUGGAUGCACGUCUGGGAGACCUCUCAGGGAGCGGGGACGCUCUCCGCUCGGCAGCUCCACAAUCAGAACCACAGCCAGUUCGUCGGCUAUGCGGCACUGGAUGUUUUAAAAAAUGUGGCGACCGCAGUUGCUUCGAGCAAGGCGAGCUCUUGCAGCAGCGGUAGCGUCACGGGCAGCCGGAGUAACGGCAGCAGCCAUCACAGCAUCCCUGCACCGAGCGGUGGUGGCACGGCGGUGUCCAGCGGGACCGGACGCAACUCUUCCACCACGGGGAACGUCGCGGAACCGCCGGGCGAGGACAAGAUCCUGCCCCAAAAGAAGACGAGCUCCGUCUCCCCCUCGUCUUCCCAGGAAUCCGAUACCGAGGGUUUUUCUUCUGGCUGUCCGCUCGAGAGGACUAUGGGGGGAAAUGUGACGGGCAACUUUAAUAAAAACGUCGGGAGCACGAUGUUGUGCUCGAGGGACGGCGGCGUGGAGGAUAACGUAAACGUUUGUCAUCAUGGACACCUAGAGGAACAGCCAGCUUUAAGUUUACCGCAGAACUGUGGGAAGCGUCACCAGCAGGUCCCCCCCUCCGUACACGCUAAUCACUCAUACAAUCACCACCCGGGCCGGAGGAAAAGUGACAAUAAGGCGAGCACGUAUGGAGCAAAUUACUGGCCGGCAAACUGCACUAAUGGCAACUGUCCGAACACUUGGACGCCGUGGAAGACGAGGACGUACAAGCCGGGGGUGCUCGGACUCCACGAAGAGGUGGUGGACUUCUACAACUUCAUGUCUCCCCGGCCUGAAGAGGCAGCGAUGAGGAAGGAGGUGGUGACGCGAAUAAAAAGGAUCAUCAACGAGCUGUGGCCCAAAGCAGAUGUUCAGAUAUUUGGCAGCUUCAGCACAGGGCUGUACCUUCCGACCAGUGACAUCGACCUAGUCGUGUUUGGUAACUGGGAGCGACCCCCGCUGCAAGAGCUGGAGCAGGCGCUUCGUGAAAACAAUGUGGCAGAACCUGACUCCAUUAAAGUGUUGGACAAAGCUACAGUGCCAAUCAUCAAACUGACGGACCAAGAGACGGAGGUGAAAGUGGACAUCUGCUUCAACAUGAAUUCUGGAGUGAAGGCGGCAAGCUUCAUUAAAGACUACUUGAAGGAGUACCCGGUUCUGCCUUACUUGAUCUUUGUCCUGAAGCAGUUUCUGCUGCAGAGAGAUCUGAAUGAAGUCUUCACUGGGGGCAUUAGCUCCUACAGCCUCAUCCUUAUGGUCAUUAGUUUCCUACAGCUUCAUCCUCGUAUUGAUGCCAGAAUCCCCAACCAGAACUUGGGCAUGUUACUGAUUGAGUUCUUUGAGUUGUAUGGCCGCCAGUUCAACUACUUGAAAACAGCGAUUCGCCUCACAAAUGGAGGUGCUUAUGUAUCCAAAGAGGAAAUUAUGAAGGCCAUGACCAAUGGAAACAGGCCGUCUAUGCUCUGUAUAGAGGACCCACUGGUUCCAGGUAAUGAUGUGGGUAGAGGUUCUUAUGGUGCCAUGCAAGUCAAGCAGGCGUUUGACUAUGCCUAUAUUGUGCUGAGUCAUGCUGUGUCACCGCUCGCAAGGUCCUAUCCCAACAAAGACUGUGAAAGCACGUUGGGGAGGAUCAUCAGGUUGACCCAGGAAGUUAUCAAGUACAGGGAAUGGAUCAUUAAGAAGUGGGGAGGCAAGGAUUCACCACCAACGGACAGCAGAGUGUCAUCUCCCAAAGAGCCAGUUUCCAGUCAGGAGCCAUGUGAGCCUUGUGGUGGGGGCGUUGGAGGUUCAGAGGAGCAGCAAAGGGACUCUGCGUCACCUCACAGCGCAGACUCCCCCAUGUCCAUCUCCAGCCUGCAGCAGCACUCGUCAGACUCGUCGGUGUCUUCACUGUCCGGGUCAGACAACGACUCUGAUUCAGCAGUGCCAUGUCCCCUGCCUCCACCAACCUUGCCAGCAUAUGUGUCUUUCCCUCCACUUGGCUUAGCCUUAGCACCGGGCCUCAACAUGGCAGCCGGAAAGCACGGCAUGGGAGGACACCAUCUGCUCCUUCCUCCAGGUUCACAGGCUCAUAUUUCGCUGCCUGGAGGUUUAGCGCUGCACUCCAUGCCUGGCAGACAGUUGUCUAUGGACACUGGGCUACCUCCUUUCUUCCACUUGCCCCCCCCAGCCCAUGCCCCUGCUCCUUCCAGCACCCAGCCCCCACCCAGCCCCCACUCCAGCCACGCACACAAGAACGGAGCGAAGUUUAACAUGAAGGGCUUCUUCAACCAGCCGCUGGUCAACAGUGCAGCUGUGGUGAACCGCGGACACGCCCAGUAUCACGGCAAGUCCUGGAGACGCAGGAAGAGGGACAGCCUUCCUGUCAGCCUCAGCAGAUAGAAACCACUUCCUUUAGUCCCCCCUUCCUCUCUGGCUGCAAACCCUCAGUCUUCAGUCACCUUAAAGGACGACAGAUGAACACCUUAACGAUCUGCCUCUUCCUCCCACUGUCCGUUUUGUUGUUGUUUUUGUUUCC